UUUUCGUAUUAUCAGUGAAUGUCAAAUAUUUAUAAUUUGCCAAAAAAAACAGUAAAUAACAAGUUUGUUAUCGUAAAUCUUUUGUCUCGAAUGCACCACAAUUACAGCGAAACGAGAGAUUAUCUAGGGCAACGGAAUAAAAUGUUAAAAUCGAGACUGAAAGUGUUGUCCGAAUAGUACGAAAAUCGUAUCCAAAUGGAAGUGAACCCUUUGAGUAUAAUAUUGGUGAAGUCCGACUCUAAAGGGGACAGACUGCUGUUUCGCUAUCCAUUUACCAUCAAAAGCAAUGAAUCGAACCAGAAGAAGAAACGUCAUCCGUACUCGCUAGUCACACAAGAGGACAUUCUGCAGAGUCCACUGCCACAAACAUCGAACAUCCAUCAAGGUCAAUUGUCCGGAUUUACGGAUGAAGUACUCUCAACGCUAUUCGCAGUCAAACCGGAAUUAUGUAACCAGAAAUUCGAGCUAAAGGUUAACGACGUUCGAUUUGUGGCUCAUCCGACAUACAUGCAAUCGAUUUUGAUAAACAUUGUUUUUGCUCUUCACGCCCAGGCAAGCUAUUCGAUAGUGAAAUGUUACUACGAACUGAGUAAGCGACUGGGUCACGCUCUGGUCUACGAAGAGAGUCGUGUUGGCUAUUUAUCCGACGAAAUGAAAUUGAUGGCGAAAAUUCAUGACGAAAUAGCCACGACCAGUGCGGAAAAUGAACUUACCUUUCCUGUUCAGAGUUUAUCGGCAUUCGAUUUGAUUUUGGAGCAGUCGUCGUUAGCACAGUGUCUGAAAUCGAUAUACCAUGACCUAUGCACAACCGGCCUUCUUAACACGACAAUCAAUCAAUGGGUCACACUCUCGUUCUGUCUACCUCACAAAGCGCAUCAAGCUCACAAGAAGGGAAUCAUUGUUGAACCUGAAAAAAUAGAUCGCUGCUUGCAAUCGCUGAAACCAUACCACGGGAUGCUGUUACUGGUUGAUCUAACCGAACUGUUAGAUUGUGUACCGCCGUCGGGUGCAAGAAUGUUACUCCAAUUGAUCAACGCAUACAAUCCGCUGAAAACGUUACAAAAUAUGGCAAACGAAGCCGACCUGGCUAUCAAUCACGUUUACGAACUGGUCGGGCAUCUGGUGUACUGGGCUAAGGCAACGAUAAUUUAUCCGCUGUGCGAAACCAAUGUAUAUGUAAUAGCUCCAGACGCAGCUUUACAUACCCAGUCACCGUUGGUUGAAAAAUUUUCCAUCAAAUUUCCCGGAAUGUCGUUGUUUGAAGUGAUCAGUGAUUUUUCCUUACCCACGUCCAUCGGGCAUUUAACAACACCUCUGCAACAUCCGACUAGACAAGGAACUCUGGCUCAAAUGGUCCUAUGGAUGUUACAACACCAUUUGUUGAUGCAGUUGCAUACGUACGUUCAAUUUAUGCCUACCGAUGAAGGAUCCAAUGGAUUUUAUGACUACAGUGAACAUAACAACGAAAUCGACGAUGCUGAUGGCGACAAUGUUACAGGACAAUUGGAUAGUGAAAGCUCUGUGUCGCAGGACGAUGAUUUACAUGCCGGUUCACUACUGAGUAUGUCCAGUCAACCGAUUCCAAUGGUGCCGAAUACGAGCCGUCGUUCCAUCACUGACGAGCAUUUCUCCGAAAUGGCAGAUUCAACCAUAUCGGACAAUAUUGUGGUGAAACGGAGUUCGAGUGUGAAAUCCCACUACAGUUCCGGUUCGUUGAGCACGGAAAAUGGUAACAGUCUACAGGACAGUCUGGCAUCCAUUGAGGAUGAAGAGAAAAUUAAGGAGCUACUGAUGGCAUUCCAAGAGCCCGAACGUUCAGCUAUUAGAGAUCUUCCAGCCGCGUCGAGUCCGGAGGACCUAAAUCUGAUGGUUCGACUGUAUCAGGCCGGGUACUUUAAGGGCGAACAUCAUCUGGAGGAAAUUAUGUAUUUCGAAAAUCUUCGCCGAUCUCAACUGUUGCAACUGCUGGACAAAUUUCGCGAUGUGUUGAUCAUCUAUGAAACGGAAGAUCCGGCAAUUGCAACUCUAUACACACAAACUUGAAUCCAGGACUGGUGUUCCAGUUUACUGGAACUGUCGUUCAUGUAACUGCUGUUUACCGCAUCCGAAGGAUGCAACCAAUAAAACGUCUUUUGAGUUUCGUUUAACAA